ACACAAAUAGACCCAGACUUCUGUUACCAGCCGGUGUUGGCCACCUUAAAGAUAAUCAACAAAUUCUACCUGAAGUGCUGAGGGACACUGCCUACAAAAGGUCAUACUCUCCCAGAAUGGGCAUGAGCAGCCUGAAAUUGCUGAAAUAUGUCCUGUUUGUCUUUAACUUGCUCUUUUGGGUCUGUGGCUGCUGCAUUUUGGGUUUUGGUAUCUACCUCCUGGUCCAAAACACCUAUGGAGUGCUCUUCCGUAACCUUCCCUUCCUGACACUGGGCAAUGUACUCGUCAUUGUGGGCUCCAUUAUCAUGGUGGUUGCCUUCUUGGGCUGCAUGGGCUCAAUCAAGGAAAACAAGUGCCUGCUUAUGUCGUUCUUUGUUCUGCUGCUGAUUAUUCUCCUUGCUGAGGUGGCCUUAGCCAUCCUGCUCUUUGUGUAUGAGCAAAAGCUGAGCAACUUAGUGGCUGAGGGCCUGAAUGACAGCAUUCAACAUUAUCACACAGACAACAGCACCAUGGCAGCCUGGGACUUCAUCCAGUCACAUCUGCAUUGCUGUGGUGUAAAUAGCACAAGUGAUUGGACUGGUGGUCCACCAUCUUCGUGCCCAACAGGUGCAGAUGUUCAGGGUUGCUACAAUAAAGCAAAACAGUGGUUUCACUCCAAUUUCUUAUAUAUUGGAAUCAUUACCAUCUGUGUAUGUGUGAUACAGGUGCUGGGGAUGUCCUUUGCUCUGACACUGAACUGCCAGAUUGACAAAACCAGCCAGGCCUUAGGGCUCUGACUUGCAAUUGCCCUGAGCUUAAAAGACUUAUCUCUCUCUGGAAAACCAAAACACCCAUAGCAUGAGUCCCCAAACAAUUACCUGCCUGCCUGGUAUUUUGAUUCCUCUUAUCUCUCCCUUGAGUGGGUUCCUGCUUUAUAUACCCAAGGAAGAGAAUAUUGGUCAUGAACUUCCCAUCUCAAGCAGAAGAAAAUCAUUCACCACCUGAUAGCAGUAACCAUAUCCCUUAAAGAUGGGGAAACAUAACUGGGUGAAUUUUUUGGACAUGAGAGGCCAAGAGAACCUAUAGCUCUUGUGACCUAAGAUCCACGAAUGGCUGCCGGUGUGGAUAUAGCUCAGAAUACUGACCUAACAUAUGUGAGCCCCUGAAUUUAGCCCUGAGUACUACAAGAUAGGCCCACGUUUAAGUGUUAGAUUCUUAACAAUUGUCAAAUCAGUCUCUAGCCUCUGAAUCAUGCUAUUUUCACUCUGUAAGAGACAUACUGAAGGGAAUUUUGGAGUCAGAUUUACUGGAUAAUUGACGUACCCCAUUUCCUUUUGAACAUAGACUUUGAAAAUAGGAAUGUUACAGAGAUCUCUCUUCAAAGGGAAAUGUUUCCAUUUCUUUGUUAAAAUAUCUUAUUGAUUUCUGUUAUAUCCAUCCAUUCAGAAAUGACUAUCUAAUAUUCCUGCCCUAUCUUCAUUCAGUCUUAAAGCUUUUGAAUUAUGUAGCCAUGGAGAACAGCCCAGAAGUACUAAUAUCUCCACUGUGUUAGCUGGUAAUCAUAUUCAUGUUUAUAUUGUUAUUUCUUUACAAAAUAAGGUUCUGUUAAGGUACUGCUUUAACACUUAAAUAAACAAAAUAGUUUAUG